AUGGGCAUGGCUGCUCCGCGCGCGCCGCUGCCUCUCCCCAAGCUGCUGCUCCUCGUCGUCGCCGCGCUCCUCGCCGCCGCUCCCCUCCUUAGGGAGGCCGGGGCGGACGAGUUCGACGUCCGCCGCCACCUCUCCACCGUCACCAGGUAUGAUGUGGCCAGAGAGUCCAGUAGUGUCAUCUCCAUGCCGUCAGUCCCAGAUGGGUGCCGUGUCAUUCACCUCAAUCUAGUGGCAAGACAUGGGACUCGCGCUCCUACCAAGAAGCGAAUCAAGGAGCUGGAUAGAUUGGCAGUUCGACUGGAAGCCCUCAUGAAAGAGGCAAAUCAGGGCCUUGAUAGUGAUUCUCUGAAGAAAAUUCCAUCCUGGAUUAAAGGCUGGGAAUCACGUUGGAAGGGUAGGACUAAAGGUGGUGAGCUGAUUAGUGAAGGGGAAGAGGAGCUGUACAAUUUAGCUACCAGAGUGAGGGAGAGGUUUCAAGAUCUACUUGACGACGAAUAUCACCCUGAUGUAUAUUCAAUAAGAGCAACUCAGGUUCCUCGAGCAUCAGCUAGUGCAGUGGCAUUUGGUUUGGGACUACUUUCUGGGAAAGGAAAGCUUGGACAAGGGAAGAACCGUGCCUUUUCUGUUCUGAGUGAGAGUCGCGCAAGUGAUAUUUGUCUGAGAUUCUUUGACAGCUGUGAGACAUACAAGGCAUACAGGAAAAGGAAGGAGCCUGAUGUAGAGAAGCAAAAGGCGCCAAUUCUAGACCAUGUCACAGCUGCAGUUGCCAAUCGUUAUCACCUAAAAUUUACAACUCAGGAUGUUUCUUCCCUCUGGUUUCUUUGUAAGCAGGAAGCAUCUUUGUUGAAUAUAACCAAUCAAGCUUGUGGGCUUUUCAAUGAAGCUGAGGUUCGUUUUCUAGAGUGGACAGAUGAUUUGGAGGGUUUUGUUCUAAAAGGCUAUGGUGAGUCAAUUAACUAUAGGAUGGGACUGCCUUUGCUCAAGGAUGUUGUCCAGUCAAUGGAAGAAGCAAUCAUAGCUAGAGAAGAGAACCGCCCUGAUGGUACGUAUGAAAAGGCAAGGCUCCGAUUUGCACAUGCAGAAACUGUUGUUCCUUUUAGCUGCCUUCUCGGUCUUUUUCUUGAAGGUCCAGACUUUGAGAAGAUACAGAGGGAGGAAGCGCUGGACCUACCCCUUUGCCGCCCAAGAGGGAAAACUGGAAAGGCAGUGUUGUUGCGCCUUUUGCUGGGGUGCGGCAACAAAGAUUUCUGUCCAUUCGAGGAAUUCAAGGAGAAGAUUGUGAAACCGCACCUGAAGCACGACUACAACAUGAUAUGCAAGAUCAAAUCCCCGGCGGCAAGCGAGGAGGCCGCCUCGUUCCCCUCCAGAGUGUCCAGUUUCUUCCUAGGACUCUUCUCGCAGAGAGGGCACCGCGCCGUGGGCGCUGAAGGCGUCAAGACCGAGCUCUGUACUGUGCCAUUUACUACUCUGCUGCAAGUGUGCAAGGCUGUGAUGAGUGUGCGAGCCUGUGAGGCUGAGAGUGAUUUUUCAAUGGAAAAAUCCAAAAGAGACUUCGAGAGGCGGGUAGUACCAACCGCAUCCCUAGAGAUCGAGAUGGCAAGCGGGGAAGAAGGCAAGGGGGAGACGGUGCUGGUCACCGGUGCCAGCGGCUUCAUCGGCUCGACCCUCGUCCGCGGCCUCCUCGGCCGUGGCUACAACGUCCGCGCCGGCGUCCUCAACCCCGAUGAUAGGGCGGAGACGGACCACCUCCUCUCGCUCGCCGCCGGCGCCGGCGACGGCCGCCUCGGCUUCUUCCGCUGCGACCUCCUGGACGGCGCCGCGCUGCUCGACGCGGCGCGGGGGUGCUCGGGCGUCUUCCACCUCGCGUCACCCUGCACCGUCGACCCCGUCAAGGACCCCCAGAACCAGCUGAUGGUGCCCGCGGUAGAAGGGACGCUGAACGUGCUGCGCGCUGCCAAGGACGCCGGCGGAGUGCGGCGGGUAGUGAUCACCUCGUCCAUCUCGGCCAUCGUGCCCAGCCCCGGGUGGCCCGCCGGCGAGGUCCGCGACGAGCGUUGCUGGACCGACAUCGACUACUGCGAGAAGAACGGGGUUUGGUACCCUGCUUCGAAGACACUGGCAGAGAAGGCAGCGUGGAAGUUUGCAGAGGAGAAGGGUCUGGAUGUGGUUGUGGUUAACCCGGGAACAGUGCUGGGCCCCAUGAUUCCACCAGCCAUCAACGCUAGUAUGGCCAUGUUUUGUCGCCUCCUUGAAGGCUGCACAGAGGAGUAUGCCGAUUUCUUCAUGGGGCCAGUGCACGUGGAAGACGUUGCCAUGGCGCAUAUCCUGGUGUUCGAGAACCCAUCGGCGUCGGGGAGGCACAUGUGCGUCCAGUCCAUCUGUCACUGGAGUGACUUCGCGGCCAAAGUCGCCGAGCUCUACCCCAACUACAAAGUGCCCAAGCUCCCCAAGGACACCCAGCCUGGGCUGGUGAGAGAGGAGGUAGGCUCCAAGAAGCUCAUUGCGCUGGGGCUUCAGGUCACCCCCAUGGAGAAGAUCAUCAGGGACGCCGUGGAGAGCCUCAAGAGCCGAGGCCACGUCUCCUGA